UUUAAAAAUAUGCCCAUCAUCAAUCUCAAACUCACAUUAGCAUAUAUGAUACUAAUUUUUCUUAAAAUAGAGAUGUCGAAGGCCAAUGGUGAAUCGUGUCCAAUAUCGACAAAAACAGUACAGGUUGUUGAAGAUUGUCCAGACAGUUUAGAGAAGUGGAAUAGAGCUGCCGAGAGGAAAAACUGCACGGCUUUUGCCACCCAGUGCGACGAACCUAAGAAAUUACAAUAUCAUUGUGUCAUUAAUACAUUUGUAAAUGAAACAAUAGAAGUAUGUGCAUAUGCACAAAAUAUUGUUCAUGGUCAUUGCUCGGAAUAUAGUAUCAGUGGAAACAUGGUUCAACGGAACAGCAGAGCUAAAUGCUCAAUGUUCAAAAACAGCCCCUGUCCAGUUUUUUAUCUUUCAACAGAGGCAUACAAGUAUCCAGGCUGCUAUGAACAGACAAAGAAAGGAAAUUCACUUAUGGAUACCAGAUUAUUAAUAAACAAGACAGAUGAUAUACCAAACACUGCAAUUGUGCCAUGCAAUACAGACUGUUCAGCAAAGAAAGAAAAAACAGCUAUUGAGCGUUCAGUUUUACUUGUUAUUGCCAUAAUGUCAACUUUAUUCAAUGGAGUAUUACUCAUCUUGGUGUGUUGCCAAUGGGAAAAGAAGAAUGACCUUACAGAGGAAAGCAGUCUGAAAAUGAGACCAUUAUCAAGAAAAGAAACAUAUCUCACUUUUUCAAGAAAUUCAUGUCCUGGAUCAAGUUACAAAUAUGAAUUUCCCACCACUGUCAGCAGAAUUUAACACAAGUACAUGUCUGGUGUAAUAAAAAAACAAAUGUUCUUGAAAAACACACGUGCAGGAUUUUUUUGAGUGCAUGUGAUUCAUAUGGUGAUAGCUGUUUCAAUGAAAGGCCAUCAUUAAAGAGAUGACAGCUGAAUCAAAAUCUCAAUAUCAGUUUUUCUUCGCAAAUAUAACAUGUUUACAGCUGUUAAUGAUGAUUUUUUUUUAUUUUUUUUAUUUUUUAUUAGAAAGCAUAGUUAGAACAUUUGCAAUUUGUUGUAGGUGCUCUCUCUUUUGUAUAAAGGAAUUUUGUAGCAAGAGUUGGGUAUGCAAAUUAUAUUUAAAGUAAGUAUUUUGCCUUUUGAAAGAUUAUAAAUCUGACAAAAUUAAAAUCAUGUAUUUACGUUACCGCUUCUUCUUCUUAGUCCAGUUGUUUUGAUCAAUGUUUGACAUUUUACUGAUAUCUUAUAAACAUUUAACCUAGGCAUGUUUACAGUUAUAAUAUUUUUAAAGUGAUAUUUGUCGGUUAUUUAAUAUAAGUCGUUUUAUUUUUACUACUCACGUUUUCCAUUGAUGACGUUGUGUUCAUAUUCUAUUAUAUGCUAAUCAAUUUACUAUCAUACACCAAAUUAAAUAUCUUAGCAAAAGCUUUUACUUACACAUCCAUUGUAAGUAAAUAGCUAUUACAUAUAAACUGUUUUGUAAUUUUUUUUUUUUUACAAUUUUCAACGUUUGAAUUGUUCACUUAUCUUGAAGAUUCGUUUUUUUUUUUUACAACGGGCAAAAAUGGUUUUAUUUCCAUAAUUGUGCUUAUUUAAUGCAUACAUACUAUUUUUAUCACACGAAAUAUCUUAAGCAAAAGUUCUAUGAAUUUAUCGCUGCAUGUAUGUUAUGCAUAUUUUUUUUUACUUA